AUGAUGUCGAGGCAGAAAUCCAUCAGCAAACGAAUGCUUUCCAAAGUGAAGGAGGGCAUCUCUCACAAAUCGCGCAGUCCAAACAACAUCCGCGCGACAGGCUCCGAGACCAGUCUUAUGCGUCGCCUGUCUGGCAAACGGAAGCAAAGCUCGCAGGCGCAAAGCCGGGCGUCGAGCUUCGAAGUGAGCAGAGACAGCAUUGGGAGUCAAUUGGAAGAUUAUGAGCUUGAAUUGGACACUUCAGCUUCGCAGCGGUCCUUCACAGAUACCAGCACCUCAACAAAUGCGUCUUUGUCCGGCACUGGAAUGACGACGCCACCAUCAGCUAUCACUUCGAGGUCUGCGCAUGGCAGGCAGACUCCGGCAAGAGCACUCCAGGCUUCACCCAGGCUUCAUUCACCCAGUCAGGACUUGACGCCGCGACCACCAACGAGAAGUGGCACUUUCGCCUACUCGGUGGGAGGUCCAUCAGCUUUGAGCACUACAGUGCCAUAUGUUGACCUCAGUGUUACAGUCGACCGCGAUUGCGUUGAUGUAGGCCUCACUCGCGACGUGUGGGUCGCCGUGGAUGCAACAAUACGCACCAAAGUCGUUGACUCGCCGACUGCGAAAGCAAUACGCAAAACACCGCUGGAUGUCAUCAUUGUUCUUUGCCAAGACACCCUUGCAGAGAUGCCGAACGUCACGCACUCAUGUGUGAUCGAAUUGCUCUCUCGACUGGAGACUACGGAUAGAAUGGCAGUGGUUGUCGCUAGUGACGAUGAGUGCUGUCAGCUUCUGGCUUUACAACCUGCCAAGACGACGGUCGUUCUGGAGAGGUUAGGCAUUGCACCAUCUAUGAUCAACGACUCCUAUGUCAAUGUUCGCUUCGGCGAGAUACGGCAACCACUUCAAAACAUCCUCAGAUUUAUCGCCGACCAGGGCGUGCGAGACUCGGCUCAGGUCGUUGCAGUGUGCAAGAACCCAGAUUCCCUAGUGCAUCGAAUCAGGUCUGUUGUGCAAUGGCCGACACACGCCUUCAAGAUCGGCUUUGGACCGAAUCCUACGCAUGCCCUCGGUCCUCAUGACUGGUCCAUUGCUUUCACAGGAACAGGUGGUUGCAGCAAUGAUCUGCUGGAUAACAUGAUCCGAGAUCUCCGUCAUGGCUGUCCGAUGGGACUCAUCCCGAGCCUCCGCUUGUGCUACAAGCCGCUGGAGCAAUGUCGCAUUGUUGAAGUGCUGGGCCAGAAAGCAGUGAGAGACCUGAAGCUCGGGCAGCGAUGUCCUCUCUUCUUGAAGGUACACGUGCCGAAAUUCAAUACCUCUGAGCGUGCAAGUCUUGAGGAGUUGGGUGAUGCAGACUCGCUUUUGACUGAGCUAGAGAGUAUCGUGGGGACACUGGAGACGGACUUCCUCCAUGUCGAAGCUCGAUACCGCCACUCGGCACUGCCGACUGAGAACGUGGUCACGCUGCGACAUAUCUGCAGCAUCAAACGCCCGAAGACGGACUCACGGUGGAGCGUUGUUGGCCCUGGCACUGUGCCUUGCUCGCGGGAGAGCGUGCAGGCGAAGCUGGCCCAGUACAUCGCCAGCAACUAUGAUCCAUCGCGGGCCUUGAAGAUGAUUGAUCGCUGGACACUACAACAGGCGACUGCCUCUGACGCUCUCCGAUCCGUCCGCAACUACCUCGAGACUCACGCGAAGCACACUAUUCCUCUCAGCGACAACAGACGCGACGCCAUCGCACCGGACCCAGACAAGCCUUCGGUUGUCAUCACAGACAUCGACAUGCAGCCACUACCGGAAGUCUUCCCUCUAAGCUCCUCGAAACGAACCAACAAGCAACAACAACAACGAUUACCACAAAACAGCCCGUCGACGUCGAUUUCCGGCACCAAGAUCCUCACCUCCCGCAUCACCGCACCGAAACCCACCACAGCCAUCACCCUCACGACAGACGAGUCACCAUCAAGUACCGCCCGCGCCACCACACCGACAGUUCCCACCGAUUCCCGCGACACGGCAAGACAGCUAUGGCGCCACAUCCGCCGCUCAUCCCUCUCGGCACAACAACUCAUGGAACUCUCCCCCGAUCGCCUCAAUGAGUUGGAAGCGAGCGACGAGACACUGAAAGCGCUCCGGAGCAAGGCGUUGGCGAAUAAGCGCAGUAUCGGCGCGGAGACGUUGAAGGCCUGGAGGUGGGAGGAGAAGAUGAUGAAGGGAGAAGAAGCGCCGACGCCGACGGCGCCGUGGAUGUGA